ACGGGGCUCUAGGCUUCUGUCUGUCAUCGUACCGCGCGGCAAGCAGACAACCCCGGUGCGUGCUAUUGAACGCUUCGACAUUACCUUAAUACCGUGGCCAACGCAUUUCACGGCCGUCGAGUUAGCCGAGGGAACCUCGAGAUACCCCCUUUUUUCUGGGCCUUUUUUUUCGCGGGAGGGAGAGGGAUCACCGAGCCUGUUGUGUUUUUCGGGAUUGUGUAAGCCAACGCGAAGGCACAGUGAGAAAGAGAAAGUUCAAAUGCUUUCGGAAUCGUACCCCACAAACGGUCCGAAACACUAAAAUCGCGGUAUACGCGGUGCUCAUUACAUACAUCCCUACGUAGAAGGUGUUCGAGUGCUCGCGAGUGAACACGUGUGCGUGUGUUUGUGUCUGUUUGUAUGUGCAACAACAGCGGAGUCUGCCCAAAAGUGUUGAAGUGCUGUGAUUAAGUGGCCAAGAUGACGGUGGGCAUCACCAGCACGCUACAGUUCAUUGCCGGCAAUUCGGCCCAGUACAUGAAGCCGGGAUCAAAUGAUCAAUCACAGCAGUCUGCGGCGGCGGCAGCAGCGAAUGGUGCUGCUGCUGCUGCUGGCAGUACCACCUUCCCGGACAGCAACAACAACGAGAUGGAGGAUGAUCGUAGCGUAAGCAACAAGGAUAUCGACAGCUAUCUCAAGCACUACAACCGUUGGCAGCAGUCUGCCUGGGGCCGCACACUGUCAAACCUGCUGAAGCAAUACUUCGGUUACGAGUUCGAUGCCGAAAUCAAGUGGAACAAUGUGUUCAUGAUCGGGAUCUUUCACGUGAUUGCCAUCAGCUCCUUUCUCUACUACGUCCUGCAGGCCACGCUCGUCACCUAUCUCUGGGGUUUCUUCGUCGGAGGCUGUGCCGGGUUUGGGGUAACGGGCGGCGUACACCGGCUAUGGUGCCACCGUUCGUACAAGGCGAAGCUGCCGCUCCGCAUCAUCCUGAUGUGCUGCUACUCGAUCGCGGGCCAGAACACGAUCUACGACUGGGUCCGGGAUCAUCGCAUCCAUCACAAGUACUCGGAAACGGACGGUGAUCCACACAACGCGAACCGGGGCUUCCUGUACGCGCACGUCGGCUGGCUGAUGCUGCGCAAGCACCCGGAGUGCAUCAAGAAGGGCCGGCUGAUCGAUAUGACCGACGUCGUGAGCGAUCCGGUCGUGCAGUUCCACCACAAGAACUUUGUGCUGAUGAAGCUGCUGUUCUGCUUCAUACUGCCAACGUUCAUCCCGUGGUACUUCUUCGGCGAAACGUUCCUGAUGUCCUUCUUCAGCCAGUGUUUCGUCCGGUACGUGCUAAGCCUUAACUUUACCUGGCUGGUCAACAGUGCCGCCCAUCUGUACGGAAACCAUCCAUACGAUAAGCGCAUCAAUCCCGCGGAAAACCGUGCCGUUUCCGUGGUGGCCAUGGGCGAAGGAUGGCACAACUAUCACCAUGUGUUCCCGUGGGACUACAAAGCAGCGGAGCUGGGCAACUACUCGGUCAACGUGACCACCUUCUGGCUGGACGUUUUCGCCAAGAUUGGCUGGGCAUACGAUCUGAAGCAACCGUCCCAGGAUUUGGUGCGCAGGACGAUCGAGAAGUACGGCGACGGUACACACAUUACUGCCCGGAUCGGGCACAUGGAGGAGGUUCCUGCACCAGCCGAAUCGUAGAACCGUCCGGGUGCAUCGCAAACCAAAGUUUCUGUGCCCCAUUUCUUCCCAGCAGGCUGUCGGGUGUUCUAUGUGUUUUUAAACUUUAUUUUGUAAUAAAUAUCUCCUUCUAAAAACGAA